AUGUUUGUGCUGAGGACCGAGAAAGCGCUGACCCAAUUUGUUCCAUAUCAUCCCGCGGCACAGAUUGAGCGCUUCCUUUUUUCAGAGCACUUUCCCGUGGACAUGCGACAGGUGGACGAAGCCAUCAAUGAAGACGAGACCAGAACGCAUGCGUUUGUCCUUCUAAUCAUCACUGGGAACUCCAGCUACUUGUGGUUCAACCCCAGCCAUUGCCCGAGAAACGUCGAGCCUUGCGCCACUUUGAAGCAAAGGUUGGGCAGCCGGAUCACCUUUGUUGUUUGUCCGACAACGAGAGAAGCAAAAGCCAGCUGGAGUGAACACCAGCGUGAAACGCAGCACAUCUUUCGCGAGUUUUCGUCCCACCCGGUCGAAGUGUGGAACGACUACGAUCCAUACGUGACGCCAGAGAUGAUUGUGGUCCUACAGAUUGUGGUCGUUGUGGCUGUUCUUAUGUAUGGGUGCUGGACACAGAUGCAGCUUCAUCGCUGGAGUCAGACGCUCCAAAAGACAAACCAGCAUCUCCAAGCGAGGAGCGAGUUUCUUGAUUACAGGAACCAGACUUUGCAAAAUGAAAGCAAGCUUCUGGAUAGUGAAAAGCAGAAGCUUCAACAUGACAUGGCAGAGAUGGAGAAGCAGAACCAGACGCUGCAAAGCCAUCACAAGUUGAUUGAUCGUGAAAUGGCUGAGAUGAACCAGACGCUCCAAAAGAAAAGCAAGUUUCUGCAUAGUGAAAGGCAGAAGCUUCAGAACGACAUGGCAGAGAUGAACAAGGACAUCGCGGAGAUCGACAAGUGGAACCAGACGCUCCAAGAGAGGCCAGAAGCAGAUGCCUUCGACAUCGAACCAGCCGGGGAACUGAGCGUCUCCGAGCUUAGCAGCUAUGGCAGCUAUGGCUAUGGUCUCAGCGAUGCGUCGUUGCCAGACAAGCAACCGUACAUGCUUCCUCAACGCGUGAUUCCUAUGAAGAACCACCCACCCACUGACCUUUCCGAGGUUGGAUCGGCGCAAUCACACUGCAGUAGAUUCGUAGAUGGAUAUGAGCCAUGUGCACCCACGGCCAAUGGCUGCUGCUCCAGUCAGCUUACUAUCUUCGCAGCACCGUUGCUGGCGCAACGCUUCGCCAGCGAGGGGGCAGAGGUCGACCUCAACUUGGGUCAUGUUCGCCUUGCCGGCACAGCGGCUGUGCUGGGCUGGCCGCGAUACGGGGACAUCUGCGAAGGACCACUGCGGCUUUUUGACGUCGAGACGAACUGCACACUGAGCCGCGCUGUGCCACCUCAGACGACUCCCUGGAUCGCAGUGCUGCGGCUUGGGAGGAAUCAUGGCUGCCCCUCCUUGGCAAGAGCCCUUCGGAGCGUCGAGGCUGACACCGAUGAGACCCUCUGUGGCGCCGUGGUCCUCGAGGCCGACGCCGCCUUGCCGGAGCUGCUGCCAGGCGAUCUUCCGGCCAGCUUCGUUCCGGUGCUUCGCCGUCCGGCGGCCUCCGUGGGCUUGGCCGCAGCCUUGCAGGAGGCGGACGCGGAGGGCCUGUCCGCCAUUCGUGGGGCGCUUCGCUGGGGUCAACCUCUUCUCGUCGAGUCGCUUCCGAGCCAGUCGCUCCCCAUCGAGUUUUGGCUGAACCCGGCCUCGGCUUCUGGCCGCAAGCAGCUGCGUGCAGCCGCCGUGGCGCUGCGUCCGCUGAGGCAGCAUCUGACCUGGCAGAUCUACUGGCCGGUCACUUGGAGGGCCAACAGCUCGGAGAAGGCGACGGAGUUCUGCAUAUCAGGAUCCGACCUGACCAACUUUGAUGCAGGAGGCUUCGUGUGCAUGGCCUUUGGCAAGGCCUCCGACUCGGCCGCGGCCCUGCUGGAAGAGGCUGCCCACCUUCGCUGCGUGGAAGACGGCGACUUUGAGAAGGCCAUGCGCUGGGAGUACCUCGAGCGGACUUUCGCGGCCUGUGAAGAUAGCGAUGGAACCGCAUCCUGCAGUGCGCGGCAGCUCCAGGCGCUGGGCGCCAAGCGCUGUGUACCCAACAACUUCACUGCAUUCGUCCUGUCGGAGGCCAACAAACCUCGACCGUGGCCCAUGGGCCUCCGAGGUGAGUCGCCAGACUUCGCUGUUCGAAUCGCCGGCUGGGCUUUCGGUGGCAUGCCCGAGGCCGAAGCCAUCUUCGAGGCGGUCUGCGCCGUCCUGCGGCUUCCGGGCCCUGCGAAGCCAUCUGCCUGUGGGGAGGUGUGGCACUGGCGUGCGCCCGGAUGGUUCCUGCGUCGAGUACCACUUUGGCCACACAGCUGCUUGUCAUUGCUGCUGAGCUUUCUCCUGCCUCUCUGUUGGCCAGCAUUCAAGAAGAGGACCCUCGGCCGGAUCUUCAGCUGCUGCCGAGCACGCACGAGAAGCUGA